AUGGCCUCCGCCGCCGCCAGAUUCCAGCCUCGUUCUGCGGAACCCCCCAUGCGUCUUGCCGAUCGCCAGUCAGGCAACGUUGCGAACAUCAAGCAGAUAGCUGAUGGAGCAAUUCCCCGUUUCGAAUGGGAACAAUCAUUCUUGACGGAUGCGACCCUUAAGGAAGCAUUGACCUCGGUAUCAGCCGACGCAAGGUCGCUUUUCCAGUUUGCUGCGCACAAUAUUGCCAGCGACUCUGUCCCUAAGACAGAGAGUACUUUCAACGGCCGCGAAUGCAAGGUCUUCCCUGGCGAUGAAGAUUGGCCGGCGGACGCGAGCUGGUCGGCGCUCAACGAUAUCACCAACGGUGCUCUACUGAAGCCUCUCCCCCAAGCACAUGUCUGCUACAACACUAGCCUGGCUGGUGCAGACCAGAGCGCUUGCGAUGCCAUGACCAAGUCGUGGACUGAUCCGUUUUCCCAGCUCGACGACCCACUUGAGAUGCUAAGUCCGAUGUACCAAGGCAGUACAUGCCAACCACCUCAGCUCUACGAUAGUAAGGAGUGCACCCAAGGAGGAUACUCUCUCUACGUUGUAAAUGCCUCGACUACCGCUCAGAUCCAGCUGGCGCUUAACUUCGCGCGGAACACGGGCGGCAAGAGCGGUGGUGCUGGCUCUCUUAGCGUAUGGACUCAUGGAUUGAAAGACAUUGCAUUCAUCGAGAACUACGAGUCUGAAGACUACACUGGACCGGCUAUGAAGGCUGGCUCAGGUGCGCAAGGCUUUGAGCUUUACGCUGCUGCGAGAGAUUUCGGUGGCACAGUCCUUGGCGGUGAAUGCCCUACGGUUGGCGCAAUGGGCGGGUGGAUCCAAGGUGGCGGCCACUCACCACUAUCUGGCCACCUGGGCUUAGGCGCUGAUCAUGUGCUUUCCAUGGAGGUCGUCUUAGCAGACGGUCGCUACGUGACUGCUGACAAAAACAACAACCCCGAGCUGUUCUGGUCAUUACGCGGUGGUGGCGGUCUGACUUUCGGUGUCGUAACCUCCGUCACCGUCAAGGUACAUCCAGACCAACCCAUUGCCUCCGCCAACUGGGUUGUCACCACAGGCAAGAACGUCAGCACCGAAGCCUUCAAGCAAGGACUCAAAGCCUACAUGAAAUAUUUCCCACAGAACGCCGAUAACAACACUUAUGCCUAUUGGAAAGUUUUCCCGGGCCCCGAUUCCAUCAUGAUGGAUAUGUCGCCUUUCUUCGCUCCCGGCAAAACCGUCGAAGAAGCCAAAGCUCUGGUCGACCCUUGGGUAAAAGACAUGACCGCACUUGGGAUCGCUGUCGAGCCCGAAUGGACGCAGUACAACGGCUUCUACGACGCGUACAACGGCUCUUUCCCCGUGGAGGCUGUUAAUAGCAACGGUGUAGCCACUACCUCGCGCAUGAUCCCACGUUCCAACUGGGCCAACGAAUCCAUCUUCAACGAGACUUUCGAAGCCCUCUGGCAAGCCGUCGACGAAGGUAUGGCGCUGAUCGGCUACAACAUGGCGCCAUCAUGGGAGAAAGGCGGACGCCCUGACAACUCUGUCAAUCCAGCUUGGAGAGACAUGCUCGGUUUCAUCAUCACCGGGACUGUGCUGAACAUGACGAAUCCAGCUGCGGAGAUUGUCGAGGAGCGCCUCAACAUGACCUAUGGCGUUAUGCAGAAGUGGCGCGAUCUCACGCCCGGCUCCGGUUCGUACCUCUCCGAGGGAGACCGCCUUGAGCCCAACUUUCAGUGGUCGUUUUGGGGUAGCUUCUACCCGCGUCUCUUGGAGGCGAAGCGCAAGUAUGAUCCUUUUAAUCUCUUCUGGGCUACUGGGGCAGUGGGCAGUGAGUUCUUCAAUGUGCGUAGCAUUGACGGUUUGCCGAAUGAGAAUGGGAGGCUUUGUGUUAAUCCGAAACCAACGCUCUACCAGGCUGAGGGUCCUGACUGGGUUCCAGAGUAG